CGGGCGUGAGCGCUGCUGGUUUGCUCACAGCGAAGUUGAGAUGGUGGUGUGGACGGCAGAGAAGCAAGAAGGCCUGAAUCGCCUCGAUCUGCUCUGGCAGGAGGCGAGCACUUCGCAACCGGUGGUGACUGGCCCCCCGCGGCAGAAAUUCUACUGUAAAGUCUGCAAGCGGGAAUUCUCCUCAGAAGAGAGCUUCAUGAACCAUUGCGCUUCACUCGAUCACGAGAGGAUGAUCUUCGAGGACGUGAUCACAGAAUGGAAAUACCGUCCCCCACCUGUGAAUGUUAACCUGGUCUUCCAACUGUGCCAGAGGCCUUCUACCUGUGUGUAUGGACACAACUGCAUCCACGCUCACUCGGAGGAAGAGCUGCAUGAGUGGCGGAUGAGAGACAGGACCGCACGAAGGAAGGCUAAGGCAGCAGGCGAGGAGGGCUUGCUGUCGUACCAGGAGUGCUUAAUGAGGGAGUACUGGAACAGCCUCAACGAAGUUCUCAUUAUGUCUGAGAAGAUACCUGGUGUCACUGUCAGUUGUGACAAGGAUUUGACUGUUCUUGGCCAACGAGAACUCUUGCCUCUUAAAUGGACUUUCAAAAUACAGUCAGAGAUGCCUCUUGUGGAAGUUGCCUUGCUGAAACAAGAUCCAGGAGCUACAUUCACUCUUGGUGAAAUUUGCCAUGAAGGUCCCUGUACAUACUCCACAGGAAAUACAUUCUGCACUUCUGAUAUGUCCUAUGACAUCCCUGUGUCUUUCCAACCCUUACACCCAGGCCUUUAUGAACAAUGGGUUGUGUUUGACUUUGACAUGAGGCCAGUGCUGCUGCAGAAGCUUGAGGUGAGGGUGGGUAAACAGAGCUCAAUUUGUCCUGUUAGGAUAAAGGAGGGUGUUGAGCCUCCAGUUGAGAGUUUUGAGCGCUGGCACCAGGGAAACAGAGUCAUUAUUCCCUGUCUGAACAAGAGAGAGCCUGAGGUAAUCCUUCUGAAGGAGUACAAGCCUCCUCAGGUAAACUUGCUGUUUAAUCCAAGAUCUGAAGCCGACAUUCCCAUCACCAUCCAGAACUACAGAGAGAGAAUGCAUCACUUCCUGUACAGAGAGGAACUGGCUCAAGAAGAGGUGGUUUCCAGGCUCAGUCUCAAAGGGACCGUCUCCUUGUUCAACAAAAUCACUGUCUGUGAGCCUGAGAGGAUUGCUCCACGUGGAGCCCUAUUUGCUGCUGUCCCAGUACCUUAUUUGCUGACUCCUGACACACCAGAGGGCUUUAUCCUAAAGAGAGAAGUCAGAUCAGCUCUAGUUGCCCCUCCAUCUGGGGCACAACAGUGCCACAAUGUGUAUGAGGCAAUCAUCAUUCAAGAUGUCAUUGAUGAAGACAGAAUGUACCUGCAGCUCUCGAAAAGUUGCUGCACCAAACUUCAUCUCAAGAAGAACACCACCUGUGAGAUGGAGGUCCAGUUUCAGCUGAACCGGCAGCAAUUCUGUGAGAUGCACAAGGCCACAGACCUUCUUCCAGAGGUUGGGUGGGUUUUGCCGGACCUGAAGAAGUGCUGUGUUCCGGUGCAUAUGGAAGAAUACCCCAGUCUCAAUGCAAAGCAGCAAGCAGCUAUAGCUUUCAUCCUUGGGGAUUCAAAAAACAUGAAGACUGUGGCACCCCUCCUAAUCUAUGGACCCUUCGGAACUGGGAAGACCUUCACCCUAGCCACCGCAGUAAAAGAGCUGGUACAACAGCUUGGAACCAAAGUUCUGAUCUGUGCCCAUACUAACAGCUCCGCAGAUUUGUAUGUCAAGGAUUACUUCCAUCAGUAUACAAUUUCUGGAUGCACUAAAGCCAGACCUCUCAGAAUAAAGACACGCACAAUGCAUGUGAGGGCCACUGAUCAGACCACAUUAAAAUACUGCAACUGGUCCCCUGAUCAACAGGCAUUUGUGUUUCCAGAUCUAGCCACUCUGAACCGAUACAGAGUUAUCAUAACAACAACGUCCACAGCUAAGCUCUUCCACAACCUAAAUCUGCCGGCUGGUUACUUCACCCACAUUCUGAUUGAUGAGGCCUCACAGAUGCUGGAGUGUGAAGCUCUGAUGCCCCUUACUCUAGCAGGAGAAGGAACGCGGGUUGUUUUAGCUGGAGAUCACAUGCAGAUGGGUCCAAAGCUCUUCUCAGUGGACGAGGACCAGCGUGCCAACCACACCCUGCUCAGUCGACUCUUCCACUACUAUCAAGCUGAAGAGGACCAGAGCAUAGCUUCAAAAAGCAGAAUCAUCUUCAAUGAAAACUACCGCUCCACUAAAGACAUAGUGGAUUUUGUGUCUACUCACUUCUAUGUAGGCAAGAGUGAUGCUAUCAAGGCCUGUGGAAAUGUACCUCCUCACCCUCAGUUCCAUCCUCUGAAGUUCCAUCACAUUCAAGGAGAGUGCCAUUUCGACAUGUCAACUAGGUCAUGGUACAAUCCUGAGGAGGUUGCUUGUGUUGUUGAUGUUGUACAGAAGCUGAUUAAAGAAUGGCCAUCUCAGUGGGCGAAUCAGGAUCAGAAGAUGAUAUGUGUUCUCUCUGAAGGAAUGCAGGUUUUUCAAAUCAGAAGGAAGUUUUCGGAGCUAAAACUAAGAGUAACUGUGGAGAAUUCACAGAAUGUGCAAGGCAAACAGUUCCGAGCUGUAGUGAUGUCCACUAUUCAUACUCAAGAGAGCCUGAAGACACGUGACAUUGCUUGCCUGGAGUUUUUCAACGAUCCACGGGUGAUGAACACAGUCAUGACCAGAGCACAGUCCCAGGUCAUCGUGGUUGGAGAUACUGCAGCUCUCUGCUCAUUUGGAAAGUGCUCAAGGAUCUGGAGGAGCUACAUUGAGCAAUGUAUCAGACAGAACAGUGCUGAACCCCCACACCUCACAGAGGACUUCAUAGAGCAGAAAGUGAGAGAAACCAAAAGAUUCACCAAAAAUGAAGAUGAUGAAAAUGACAGCAGUGAUACCGAAUCAUUCACUCCAGAAAUAUCUGACAUUGAUGACCCCAUACUGAAGGAGCUCCUGGAUGAGAGCAAUGAUGUCAGAGUGGCAGUAACCUCAGAAGGGCUCUUGAGUAUUUUCCAUAUGGAUCAGUCAAAUGAGAGCACUGAAUUCUACAGCCAGAAUGAAGAGCCACAUCAAGAUUUGUCUUCUCCUGAUUUGCACAAGUUGCUGAUGACUAACCCCAAUGACUACAAACUUUGUGAACUUGUCAUGAAGAGGUAUGAUUCAGGAUAUGCCAGAUCGCUAGACCAGCCUACGCUGUGCAUCAGCAUCAAUGGUCGAAAGAAUAUUGGUCACUCUUUUCCUGGAGAUCAGGUUGUUGUAGAGAUAGACAAAGAGAGCAACCCUCCAAGUGGGAAAGUGAAAGGUCUACUAAAGAGGGCAGGUUCAUCUUUGUUUGUCUGUACCAUAGAUGCCCAUGAACCCCAGGUGAUGGUUCCAAUCAACAACUGUGUUUCCAAAAUAUACACACCAUUUUGGAAGGACAAACCCAACUGUAUUGCAAUACGGAACAUUGAAAAUGACCGCUUGAGGCCAGAGAGCUUUGUGAAGAUAAACGAGGAAACAAAGAGGAAUCAGCUUUUUGUUGUCAAAGUCCUGAAGUGGCGAGAGAGGUUUAGAAACCCUCUGGGAAUUGUUGUUAAUGUUCUGCCAAAGAUGACAACGUUAGAGGGCGGACUGGAAGUAUUAGACAUAGAAUAUCAACUGAGAAGGGUUCUUCCAUCAACUGUUCAGGACGAGCUGCAAAAGUACAAGGGCUUUCAUCUCAAUGGAAAAGAGAGAAAGGAUUACCGUGAGUACAUCACUUUUACCAUUGAUCCAGUGAAUUCAGAGGACAUGGAUGAUGCAAUCAGUGUCAGAGAUUUAGGCCAACAUUUUGAAGUCGGAGUUCACAUUGCAGACAUUGCAAGCUUUGUGAAGAAGAACAGUCCGAUGGACAAAUAUGCUCACCAACAAGGGACCACAUUCUAUCGCCCUGAGAAAAAACCUGCACAUAUGUUCCCAGAGGACCUCAGUACCAAAUUUUUCAGCCUGCUGCCUGGAUGUGAUCGUCACUCUAUUUCACUUAUGGUGGAAGCUGACAAGAAAACAUACCGCAUCCUGAAACAUGAGUUGUGCCUCUCUGUAAUACGUUCAGACAGAAAGAUGUCUUAUGAAGAUGCAGAGAAAAUAAUCCAGGAGAGAUGCAAAAGUAACCAAAGCUGUGAUACUGUAGAGGGCUGCCUUGCUGUUGCAUUAAAAUUCUCUGAGAUUCACAGGAAAAGCAGGAUGCAGGAGGACUGGUACUACAAGAGACCCGAGGAGGACGUGUGCUUCGGUGAAAGAAGGUCUCAUAAAAUGAUAGAAGAACUCAUGAUUAUGUUCAAUCAUGCUGUGUCUGAACGUCUGAUCACAACUGAAGCAACAAAGAGUUUAACUCCUAUGAGAUGUCAACAAGAACCUGAUCCAGAGAAGAUGUGCCAAUUGAAAGAGAAGUACAGCUCCCUAAUACCAUUGUCGAUUCACCUUUCCUACCACUUUGACCAGAGUGGAGACCUUGACAGAAACCAGGAACUCAUAGGUUCUAGGAGUGAUCAUAGAUUUUGUGUGUUCACAUCUCUGAUAAAGGAACUUGAAUCAGCAGCCGAAAGCAAGGAUAUUUACAAAAUACUGGACCUGAUUACAACCGAUGACAUCCAUCCUCAACUGCUACCAGUCGUGACUGAAUUCAGGAGGCUUUUCCAAAAGGCAGACGUUCUUCGCUCAAAUUCAACAACUCACUCCAAAAUUGGACACUGUGACCUGCAGCUAGACUCCUACACCUGGGCCUCCUCCCCCAUAAGGCGUUACAUUGACAUAAUUGUGCAGAGAUUACUGCACUCAGACCUUGAAAACACAGAAAUCAAAUAUACCAUUAAAGAAAUUGACAGACUAUGUGCAGAAUUCUCACAAAAGUCUGCAAAGCAGGCGGAGUACGAAAAGAAAGUGCAGCCUCUGAGGCUUGCAUCUCAACUGAGGCAGCAGAGUCUCGGAAAGGUGGCAGUCAUCAUUGAUGUGGCCUCAACUGGGACGAGUUUCAACUUGUCUUUUCCUUUAAACAAGAACUCAAUGCCACAAGUGCUCUCCAUAAUGUACAGUGACUUGCAGUUGACAGAACAGCCAGCGUAUGAUGAAGAAAGUCACUGCAUGACUCUGAAAUGGAUCCGGCGGGUAUAUUCUUUCACAAAUGGAAAAAUACACUCUGACCUGAAGAAACAUCAAUCUGAUUUUCGCAUCACACCAGUACAAAGAGACACGUGGAGAGAUAUUCUGUCUGCUCUCAGAAUGGAGAAUUGGGCAACUCUAUGUCAGUCUAUUCAACGAGCCAGCUCAAGCAUCACCGUGGAUAGUAAAAAACAGCCUGGUGAGUCAAAAAGGGAAUGGCAGACUGUGUCCAGAAAUACGGACAAGAUAGGUGAAACUGAACAAGAACACUAUGUCGAGCUGUCGCUGAAACUUAAAGUUGGAGAGACGCUCCAGGUACAGCUAGGCACAGACACACGGCGAGGACUGUUAAUCCCUGUGGUGCAGUUGGUGAACGUUAAUCCAAUGUUUGAGAUCUGCUUGGAACACGUAAAGAACCCAACCAUGUGUUUUUCCAAGUAUGCCGUCCGUGCAUCAAAGAAACAGUACGUAGACUACAUGGAGUACCAGAAAAUUUGGAAACCCCUUUGUGAAAUGGAAUCGGCCUCAAAUGCUGUAUCAGAAAAUGAUAGCAUUGUCCUGGAAGAUGUGAAAGUCACAUGGAAAAGCAAAUCUAAGGAUACAUAUCAAGAUGGCUUCUUUCAGUUGCCACUGGAGAAGAAGAAACAAUGGUCCAUAGAGUGUGAUCUUUUGAAUUGUUUCUUGUGCAUUCGAUUGAGGGACCUAAAACAGACAGGCACGGGUACACCUGAGGGUACUCCACUUCCCUCAGACCUUGUGGAUACCAAGUCUUUCACAUGGGUAGCCCAUGGCAUGACCACAAAAGUGACAGAAGAGGACGAAUUAAAGCCAAACUCCUCCGUAAAUAUAGAAUUCCGCAUCAACCAGCUGUCUAUGGAAAACAUUCCAGAAGUCAAAAAGAACACAAAAUUCACUGUGGAAUUGAUCCCAAAACUACUGCCUGAUGCACGCAAAGAGACCGCCAUCAUCAACCUUGCUCAAGCCAAUCAACUUGUGAAGAGCAUUGCUCUUGGAAGAACACCUACAUCUAGAAGCGAUGCAGCAGGUAAUGGACAAAAAAGGCAGAAUUCUGGGAUCAGAAAUCUGUCCUUGGGUUUACCUUCUCUGAACACCAGUCAAAUGAAGGCUGUAAAUGAGGCACUGAACAGCCCUUUCACUCUAAUUCAAGGACCACCAGGAACUGGGAAAACAGUAGUUGGAGUUUACAUCGUUUUUUUGUUUUCAAUGCGGAAUAAACAAGACUUAACAAGACUCCCACUAGAGAGAAAAGACAACGAUGGAGAGAAAAAGAAGGAUGGAUGCAUUCUUUACUGUGGGCCAUCAAACAAAUCUGUGGAUGUUGUGGCUGAACAUCUUUUGAAACUGAAAAAGGAGCUGAAGCCACUCCGGGUCUACAGUGAACAGAGGGAGAUGCUAGAGUUUCCUUACCCAGGUAGCCACCUAAAGCUCUCUCGCAAAGCUCGGGAAGAGAAGCCCAACCCAGAACUCAGAUCCAUUACACUGCAUCAUCUGAUACGUGCAGAUGGUAACUCACAAGCCAAGGAAAUUCAAGCUUUUGAUGCAAGGAUUCAAAAAGGAGAGGAACUCACUGAUGAAGAAAUUGAAUGCUACAAAAAACUCCUGAAUCGGGCUCAACAACAGGAGUUGGAGAAACAUGAUGUCAUUCUGUGUACCUGCACUGCGGCUUCAAAUCCAAACUUAACCAACAAGCUGAACUUUCAGCAGAUUGUCAUUGAUGAGUGUGCCAUGGCAACAGAGCCAGAGGCCUUCAUACCACUUGUCAAUCACAAACCUAAACAGAUCGUUUUACUUGGUGACCACAAGCAAUUACAGCCCAUUGUACACUGUGAUCUUGGUAAGAGAUUGGGCAUGAGGAAGUCAUUGUUUGAGCGCUACAUGGAGAAAGCUUGGAUGCUUGAUACACAAUACAGAAUGCAUGAAUCCAUUUGCGAGUUUCCUUCUGUGGAAUUCUACGAUGGCUGCUUAAAAACAGGGGCGAAGCCUAAGCCCAGCUUUCUCCUGACCAAAUCCAGACAGCCGACCCCCAUUGUUUUUGGUCAUUUGAAUGGGAAGGAGAAUGCUCUGCUGGUCUCCUCAGCAAAAGGAAACGAAAAUUCAAAGGCAAACACAGAGGAAGCUGAACAGUCGGUCCGCAUUGCUUGGCUUCUUAUCUCUCAUGCUAAAAUAGAUCCAAGCAGCAUAGCCAUUCUGACACCGUACAAUGCUCAGGUGGCCAAGAUAAAUGAAGUUCUGUCCAAGAAGGGCAUUUCAAAUGUCACUGUCAGCACCAUCAUGAAAAGUCAAGGAAGUGAGUGGCGGUAUGUCAUCCUGUCCACCGUACGCUCCUGCCCCGUGUCAGCGAUCGAUACUGAACCCACCAAAGCAUGGCUGACAAAGCGACUGGGCUUCGUCAUGGAUCCCAACCAAGUCAAUGUGGGCCUAACCAGAGCACAGGAGGGACUGUGCAUCAUAGGGAACAAGGAUUUGCUGAGCUGCAGUGCUCUCUGGAGAAGAUUGCUGAAACAUUAUCAGGAACAUAACUGUGUGAUGGACUCAAAAGAUAUUCAAGUUAAAAAGCCUGGUUCAAAAACAUCCAAACGUUCCAGAUCAUAGAAUUGAAGUAUGCUCUUUCAAAAAUGAGUUGUGGACAUGAGAAUAGUAUUUGUUGUACCUUUUUGCUGUAAUGAUUAGACUGCUGAAAUUACUUACAUACUAAUAGUGUUGCAAUACAGAAAAGUACUAAGGGGAAUUGAAAUUUCUGAAGUUUGGCAGCUCAAAAGUACAGUGUAAUUACAGUAUACUUACAGAGACCCCUGUAAUUCUAAGAUCUUAGUUGUGCUUUUUUGGAGGGGGGUAAUGAAUUCUGAAUGUUAAAUAAAUAAUGAGAAACUCUGCAUAAAACUAAAGAACAUGUAACACAAGACUGUACAGUACAUUCUACUUGUGCCAUGUUAUAUAUAUAUUUAUUACAUUCUUAAAUGAAAAAUGCAGCAUGUAUAAAUGCAAUUACAGUGUUUAGCACCACAUAGUGGAUGCUUGAAGGAAAGUGUGUAGGUCUGGCACUGUAGCUUUGUAAAAAAUCUAGAAAUUGUAUAAACUGAACUUUUUUUCAGAAAUAUUUUUAUUCACUCAGGAAGAUAGUACUGCUCAAACUUCCAUUUCAACUUGUCUUUACACAUUUUACUAUUAACAAUUAACAAAAUGUUUUGUACGUAAAUGUGCUUUAUUUUUGAUUGACAAUAAAAUGUAUUUAUUUUCAA